AUGCCUCUACCAGAUGGUGUCCGUGCACACACCCUUCGCCAAGCUCGACACCUUCCUCAAGGUCCACACCAUCCCCUACCCGGACCUCUCCGCCCCCUUGUGCUCACCAACAAUGGCAAAAAGGUGCCCCUCAACCACGCCGCCGUCCCCGAAGAGGCGGGUUCGCAUGCCAACCAGGGUGGCGGAAUGACCUGCCAGGCCCAGAAUAACAAGUUCCUCACUGUCAGUCUCCCCGCUCUCAUCUCCCGCUGCCUCGGCUCGUCCGCCGGUCUUGCGACUGAUCUCUCUGUCAAAUUUUCUUCCAAUGCUGAUGAUAAUGAAGGGUUCAAGGGUGACAAGAAGGAGAAGAAGAAACACAGGGAGCGACGCAGAGACCAGCACGAGCCUGGCGAGCACCCCGAGCCCACCAAGGGCUGGCUGAACCCGCCCAGCCAGGCGCACAUCCAGGGCCCGCUCUACAUCAUCUGCAUCCGGCCGGCGACCAGGCGGGCGGAGGAGAGCCGGCCAAGUGCGCUGGCCAUCCAGCCCUUGCCCCUCUCCCCCAUUGCCGCCCUCGUCCCCGCCCCGCUUGACCCAGCCGCCCUCCAGAGCCUCGAGCCCGCCAACGUCAACCACGUCCUUUUUGCCACCCGCAUCCUCGACAGCACCCACAAGCUCACCCUCCACACCACCACCGCCCGCUACCUCGCCGCCAACCAGCUCGGCGCCGUCUCCGCCAAGCAGGAGGCCCGCAGCGCCCAGGAGGAGUGGGCCUUUGAGCCCGUCCCCACAUCCCCCAACAACGACCAUCCUGACGCCGACGGCAGGUUCAAACUCAAGUCCUGUCUCUACAACAAGUUCCUCUCCGUCGAGGAACUCGCCUCCGGCAAGCUCGUCAUCCACGCCGACUCCAACUCCCCCGCCAAGCCCGCCGCCCACCUCCUCGCCAAGAAGGGGCUGCUCUCCACCAAGACCGCCAACGCUGGACUCACCAUCCUCAAGCCCGGACAUUCCUUCCACGACCUCGAAGCCAACAACAUUCGCCAGUAUCAGGCCAGAGGCGCCGGCCAAUUGCAGCCCCCGGCCAAAGGCAAGGCCGGGCUCAAGAAGGCCAGGAAGGAGGGCUGGCUGGCCAAGGAACUGCUUGACCGGCGCGCCAAGCUCAAGAGCAAUCGCUAUGCCAAGUAA